CUUUAAUCAUGAGGAUCCUCAGCAAUCCUCUGGGAGAAACGCCACCGUUAGCCUCACCUGUGUGCAGGAAGAGAAGGUGUUGAACUGGGAGUUUUGGGAACAAUGGGAGAUGUGGUCGCUUUGAGAGAAUAACGUACUUGUGUUCCACCAGGGUCCUCCUGGAUCCUUUUUUUGUGCUUUUUGCUGUGAGAUGGAUUACAGGCUGAGCUGACCUACCAAAGCACACACUGGACUGGUUUUGUAAACGGCUAGAACUUUUCAAGUUCUUGGGAGGUUGAAUUUCUUUUUAGACAAGCAAGGACGCAUCCCAUUGAACAAUGGCUUUGAUGAAAGUCAAGUUUGACCUGAAAAAGCGAGUAAAACUCGCACAGAGUGUCUGGUUCCUGUUCUGGUUCGCUGUGAUGGCCGGCGUGCUGGUCUUCAGCAUGGGCCUCUUCUUCAAGAUCGAGCUACGAAAGCGGUCCGAACUGAUGGACAACAACGAGAGCCACUUCCUGCCCAACCUGCUCAUACUGAUGGGCCUGCUUGCUUGCGGCAUCAACGCCUUUGGAGGCAAAGUCUGCUACGACUCACUGGACCCCACCAAAUUUGUUAAGUGGAAGCCCAUGCUGAAGACCUUCCUGGUAGUUUGUGUGGUUUUCAACGCGCUGCUGGUGGUGACCGCUCUGCUGUGCUUCGUGAUGCGGAUUCCGCUGCAGUUCACGCUGGCCGAGGGCCUGAGGAACGGCAUGAGGUACUACAAGGACACGGACACACCAGGACGCUGCUACAUGAAGAGGACCCUGGACAUGAUGCAGAUUGAGUUCCGUUGCUGCGGAAACAACAACUACAGAGACUGGUUUGAGAUCCAGUGGGUCAGCAACCGGUACCUGGACUUCAGCGCAAAGGAGGUCAAAGACCGUAUCGGAAGCAACGUGGACGGCCAGUACCUAAUGGAUGGUGUGCCCUUUAGCUGCUGCAACCCAGGCUCGCCCAGGCCUUGCAUCCAGCUGCAAAUGACCAACAACUCGGCCCACUACAGCUACGACCACUACACCGAGGAGCUCAAUGUGUGGAAGAGCGGCUGCCGAGACGCCCUUCUGUCCUACUACGGCGGCAUGAUGACCACCUUCGGUGUUCUGGUGCUGCUGGUCACCAUGCUGGAAGUUGCCGUGACGGUGGGCCUGCAGUACGUCCACAGCUCCCUGUCCACGCUGGCCAACCCCGAGGACCCUGAGAGCGAGAGCGAGGGCUGGAUCCUGGAGAAGACGGUCAAAGAGACUUUCACUGACAUCAUGGCCAAAAUGAAGUCCAUGGGUAAAGGCGGCAAAGUGGAGGAGGGUGAGGAGGCCGCAGUGGCCACGGUGAGCUGAGCGACCUCCGACCCUCUCCCCGCUGCCAAAUCUGACACCACUCCCACCCGAAAAGGAAGAAGAGGACGUGUGAGAUGAUUUUACGAGCCCCACCUACACACAUAUUUGAAAUGGUACAUUCCUAGUUUCAAAAGAGGAGUAGUUACCAAGAUGACACAGCAUAUUGUCAACAUGUUUGUGAUAUCGUAUGCUGAAAGCCUCGUAGAAUGCAUGCACCAGGGUGCAGCUCUACACCACAUACAGUAUUGUUCCAUUCAUAGCCCCCUUGCCCUGUCUCUCUUAGCAUCCCAUGUAUCAUCAUGUCACAGCGGGUUGACUUUCACAGCCAGUCUGCACUUUGGAUGGGGAUGCUGGUUACUAUGCAACCCCCCUGUCGCACUAACCCAACGUAUUUAUGGGCCAAGCAAAGAAAAGUCAUUUCUUUUAGUUAAGUGGAUUCUAAAUAACACUUGUCAGUGAAUUUGGCAGCUAAAUCUUUGCCCCAGCCCCCCAUCCCCCCCACUUGCAUUGCAAUCUCAUGUUGUCUUUUCAUUGGGUGUGUAUAUGAUGUCAUGGGGUGGUGGUCUUUGUACAUAGUGUAGAAACCAGAAGAAUGUCACCUUUUUUAAAAAAAAAAACCCAUGUCAUUCAUCCAUGUAUUUGCUCCUGAUCUAUGUCAAUGUCUUUCUAUGUGUUUAGAAUUGACCGGAAGAAAUAAAAGCUUAGUGUUUAUUGGAAUGAAAUGUCGUGUGACUUUGAGCUGCUAGUCAAGGAGGCAGACAUGCCAAGCGUCACAAGGUUCCUGAUUAAGACAACCGGAUGAAGGCAAUUAUGGCAUUACUGCGUUCACAUGGACAUGGGAUGACUCUUCACAUGCCCGACCUAAGUGUGUGUGUGUGUGUGUGUGUGUUCUUGCAUGCUACACUUUCCCCUACAGGAAGUGAAAAGUUGACCUUAGAAGAAGGGAUUUUGUCGGGUCAGAUUGUCCAAUUUGGGGGGUCCAAAUUGAUGGACCUUUGCUUUGUGCACCUGGAAGAGAAAGUCCUCCUCCUAGCUGUUCCUUAGCCAACAUCGCUAAGAUGACGUGUUAAGAUGAGUGAGCACUGAGGGAUGGAGUGCUGGGGUGGUAGGGGUUGGCAUUCAUGGCUGUUACCGGGGAUGGUAAAGAGGCUGCAUUUCAGUUGUUCCAAAGCACAUAAAAGCAGCACUGAGUAGAUAAGGAGCCUGAUCGGCUUUAGAUUAGCCUGAGUCCUUCAAGCAGGUGAGUGGGCCAUGUCCUGCUGCCGGGACUUACGUCAUGGACACACCAGAGUCAGGGAGGCAAACAAAAGGACUCUGCUGCAGUGGAGUGUUGUGAUGAUGGUGUGGCAUUACAUUCAAGCAGAAUAAAGACAAUCCGCUUGUUCAUGAUGAAUUCAAACAGGGUGUUUGACAAUGAUAUACAUUGUGAUUUACAUGUUUGGCCCAAACAGAAAUAGAUUUUAUAUGCAAGUAAAAAGACAAAAAUCAGUUUACCUCUACAGACAGAAGAAUCUGCUGCCAUCAUACUGCAUUUUACCGCCCCCUAUUGGUGACUUCAGGUAAGACACGCAGACAACUGAUACUAAUCCUUCCCUUUAGCAGAUCUCCAACAAUUAGC